UGACAGCGCCGUUUACAGCUUGAACAAUAAGUUAUAACUGAAUAUUGACACUGACAAACUGUAAUAAACAUUAAACUGACGUUUAGCAGUUAAGAGUCAAACGUGGAGAAGUCAUAUUAGAAACAUUACAUACUACUUCGAGACAACUUCCGGGUCACUAAACCCAGUUUCACGCUUGUUGCCGUUGUAUUGCGUUUCUGUGACACACUGCGGACCCGCUGACAAACAUGGCAGGCAAAGCAGGGAAACAGAAUCGCCCCAGAAAGGCGGAUAAGGAUGAAGAGGAGCAGCCGCUGCAGGCUGUUCUGGUUGCAGACAGCUUCAACCGCAGGUUCUUCCCCAUCAGCAAAGACCAGCCGCGGGCUCUUCUGCCUCUGGCUAAUGUAUCCAUGAUUGACUACACAUUAGAGUUUCUGACAUCUACUGGAGUGCAAGAGACGUUUGUCUUCUGCUGCUGGAUGUCCAGCAAAAUAAAGGAGCACUUACUAAAGUCAAAAUGGUGUCGUCCCACAUCUCCAAAUGUGGUGCACGUCAUCACCUCUGAUCUGUACCGUUCCCUCGGGGACGUGUUAAGGGACGUGGACGCCAAAGCUCUAGUCCGAUCGGACUUUCUGCUGGUAUAUGGAGACGUGGUGUCCAACAUUGAUGUUUCCCAGGCUUUACUGGAACACAAACAGAGGCGCAAAUUGGACAAGAACGUCUCAGUGAUGACCAUGAUCUUUAAAGAGUCGCCGCCCGGCCACAAGACUCGCUGUGAAGAUGAUGACAUUAUAGUAGCUAUGGACAGCAAGAGCAAGCGCAUUCUUCAUUACCAGAGAGCACAGGCCUUAAAGAAACUUCACUUCCCUAUGAAUAUUUUCCAUAGUGGAAGUGAUGAAUUUGAAAUCAGGUUUGAUCUUUUGGAUUGUCAUAUUAGCAUCUGUUCUCCACAGGUUGCUGAGCUUUUCACAGACAACUUUGACUACCAGACAAAAAAUGACUUUGUCCGUGGGCUUCUAGUUAAUGAAGAGAUUUUAGGAAACCAGAUCCAUAUGCAUGUCACUAAAGACGGAUAUGGGGCUCGUGUGUCGAACCUCCUCAUGUACGAUCAGGUCUCCUCCGACAUGAUCCGCCGCUGGAUCUAUCCGAUCACACCCGAGGCCAACUUCGCAGACCAGGAAGGCCAGAGCUGUACUCACUCUCGACAUAAUGUGUACCGUGAACCAGGGGUCAGUCUGGGUCACGGCAGCCAGAUGGAGGAAAAUGUGCUUAUUGGCCGAAAUACAGUGAUUGGAGCAAACUGCACCAUAUCAAACACUGUGAUUGGGGCAAACUGUGUCAUCGGAGACAAUGUUACUUUGGAUAGAGCUUACAUAUGGAACAAAGUGCGCAUAGCCAACGAUGUGAAGGUCAAGCAGUCGGUUAUCUGCGAUAAUGUGAAGGUGAAACACGGAGUUGUUUUAAAUGAGCAAUGUGUGCUCGCCUACAACGUUGUGGUGGGUCCAGAUAUUACUCUUCCGGAAGGCACAGUUCUGUCCAUGCACCAUCCAGAUGAAGAGGAUGAUGAAGAUGAGGACGAGUUCUUGAGUGAUGACAAUGAUGUUGGCUUCAGUAAAGACAAAACCAAACAGAAAGUGUUUAAGCCAGCAGAGGUUGGUUCAGAGGGUGAAGGAUACAGAUGGAAGACCAGCAGUCUUGAUGACACAGAGGAAGAUGAGCUUGCUGAAUGCAUUUGGGGCCUGGUGUUGAAUGCCGACCCAGAGAGUGACAGUGAAAGUGAGGUCAGUGAGGGAUCACAUGACCUGGGAAGCCAUCCUGCGUCACCUGAACUGGAUGAUGUCAAAGUGUUUCAGAAUGAGGUUCAUGGCACGUUACAGAGAGGUUUGGAUGAGAACAUAGGCUGUGACAAUCUGGUUCUUGAGAUCAACUCACUCAAGUACGCCUACAAUAUUUCUCUGAAGGAGGUUAUGCAGAUUUUGAUUCGAGUUGUGCUCGAGUUUCCUUUUCACCAGCAGGGGGCUCAGAUAAGCACAGCUCAGUAUUCAUCACACCUGCUGCCUUUGUUGAAGAAGUGGGCGCCAGUCUUUAAGAACUAUGUCAAGAGACCUCAAGACCAAAUGGACUGUCUUGCUUCCAUGGAGGAGGUUUUCCUUGAACGAGAAACUCAUUGGGCAGCUUUGGUCAAGGUGCUGAUGAGUAUGUACCAGCUGGAGAUCUUGGAGGAGGAGGGCAUUAUGCACUGGUUCAAUCAGAGCUCCACCACAGACAAGAGCCAACAGCUCCGCAAGAAUCAAGGGCUCUUGAAGUUCAUUCAAUGGCUAGAGGAGGCUGAGGAGUCUUCAGAAGGAGAUGAAUGAACAUAAACCAUCAUUUGAGUGACACACGCUUUGGACGGUCAUUUAUACACUUUACAAACCAGAAAAAUGCAUCAUCAUGUGUUUGUGGAAUGUUUGAUUCUGCACGGUUUGAUGGUCUUGACAAAUGGCAACGUAUAAAGGUGUUGAAAUGAAUAUUUAUUCAUAGCUUUUUUUUCUUACUUGAUUUCUGUAUGGUUAUACUGCUUGCAGUAUGUAAUAUUGACAGCUAGCAGUUGAAAUUGAUACUGCAGUCCAAACUGAAAAUAUUGGAGAGUGUUGUUUCUGGUGCUCACACAGGUUGCCAGUUUGAGGACAUGCAACGCAACUGACAAUGCAACCUGAUGAGCCUCACGCUGUAGAUGAGUUGUUUUAUCCUCAUUUUAAUAUGCUUCUGGCUGAGGCUUUUUAGGUCAGGUAGAAUCUGUGAUCUCUGAUCUGGUUUGUUUUCUAGCUUCCAUAGCUGUGAUGUGUUUUUUGCAAUCUGGCAACCCGAGGUGUUAAAAUAUCAUUGGGUGAAUUUGCAGUGGGCGGAAUUACAUAGAUCAAAACAUUUCAACAUGGAACAUGCAUUUCAAAGUAUUUGAACUUAGUAUGUUCCCUAAAUAUCUGUAAGCAUAUUAUUUUUUUAUGCUUUAAAAAAAAAUUACAGCACCUUUAAAGGGGUCAUUGGAUGCAAAGUUCACUUUUACAUGUUGUUUGAACAUUAAUGUGUGUUGGCAAUGUAUGUAUACAUGCACCCUAUAAUGAUAAAAAUCCAUGCAGUGGUUUUUAAUUGAUCUGUAAAAAUAAUAUCCCCUUUUUCAAAUCGAGCCAUUCUCAGAUGCCUGUCGGUGUGGCGUCACAAUGACAGGCCACUCCCACGAUAGUUGAUUGACAUGAGUGUCUUACCUCAGACCCGCCUUACAUCAGCUGUAACAGUUUGACCUCCAUUGUUUUGAUGCUGGAGCAAGUUAUCGAGUUUAGCGGCUAAAGUAAACAGGCUCGGCACUCCACAGAGAGAAGUGAGCUCAUUAACAUUUAAAGCAACCUCGACCAGAACUGGAUGAUUUUUGCAAGGUAAAAAUGUUGUUUUACACAACCAUUGAGAAUUUUUAACCAAAGUAUAUUAUAGACUUUUCAUUAAGACUCUAAAGAAUCAUAUCAACUUGUGGAAAGUGGGCAUCCGAUGACCCCUUUAAUUUACCAUCAUGUUCCAAAUAUGCAGUACGGACAACAAAAAUGAUAUUUUGAAAAACAAACAACGUUGGACCCCAUUGGCUUUAAUUUUAUGGAUAUAGAAAAUACAUGUUUCAAAAUAACAUUCUAUAAUAUCAAAUAAAAUGUCCAUACUUACAAAAAGUAAAGCACACUGAAAAACCUAAUGCCACCUUUAUUCUAUGUCACUCAUCUAAAACAUAAUUUAUGACAAACAGGCCCUUUGAUAAUAAAUCAUUUAAAUUGA